AACAAACUCUUCCUCCAUACAUAAAUGUUUGCCAUACUUUUUGUUUUUGGCUCAAAAUCAAUGCACCAUCAUCUCUUACAAUAAAACCAACAAAGAAACUGAGAUUAAUGGCUUCUCCGGCUAUCAAAUCCUCCUUCAGAUAUGUCCUUUUCACUUAUUUUGUUGUAAUAUUGAUGCCUUCCUUGCUGAUGUUGAACAAGGGCACUCAUGCUUCGGAAGAGAUACUAAAGGCAGAAAAAGACUUUCAUUUAGUUGAAGUCAGCUCAAUACUCCCGCCCUUAACCUGCAAAUCAACUGCUUCGAGAGGUCCAAAGGAGAAGUCAACGCUCAAAAUUGUCCACAGGAGUGGCCCCUGCUACAAUGGAGAAUCAAUCAGAUUAACACUCUCUCAAAUCCUCAGUCACGACCAAGCUCGGGUAGCUUCAAUCCAAUCCAGCCGCCCCGUCUCCAUUGCGGAGACAAACGGAAUCCGAGACCGGAAAACUUCGAUCCCGAAUAAGCCCGGAUCAGCAUACAUCGGAACCGACAAUUUCAGCAAUUACGUCGUCACCGUCGGUCUCGGAACCCCGAAGAAAUCCUAUACUCUGGUUUUCGACACCGGCAGCGACUUAACAUGGACACAAUGCCAACCGUGUAAGAAGAAAAUUUGUUACAGACAGAAUGAUCCCAUCUACGAUCCCCUGCAAUCCUUAUCUUAUUCCAACGUCUCCUGUUCUUCGCCACAAUGUUCUCUUCUCAUUGCCGGAACCGGGUACAAACCCGGUUGCACCGGGUCGACUUGUGUCUACAGCAUUCAGUACGGCGAUGAAUCCUACUCAGUUGGGCUUUUCGCCAAAGAGACGCUGACUUUGGGAAGUGAUUCGAUACCCGGGUUUCUCUUCGGUUGCGGGCAGAGCAACCGCGGGUCGUUCGGGAAGAAUGACGGGUUAUUAGGCCUUGGCCGGAGCAAGAUUUCAUUGGUAUCCCAAACCGCAAAAAAGUACGGGGAAGUGUUUUCUUACUGUCUUCCGACACCGUACGGGUCAAAUGGAUUUUUGAGUUUCGGGAAAGGAGUUUAUUCUUCUUCAAAGACAGUGAAAUUCACCCCAUUCUCAGCAUCUGAGUUAAGUGAGUACUACUAUGCCGUUGACCUUGUAAGCAUUAGUGUUGGAGGGAAAUUAUUGCCCAUUAGCUUUAAGGUUUUCCAAAAGGCCGGAACUAUUGUGGAUUCCGGCACGUUCUUUACCUGGCUACCUCCGGCGGCUUACUCUGCUUUGAGCAGAGCUUUUAGAAAACAGAUGACGAGCUAUAAACAAGUACCUGGAGUUGAUGUGAUGGAUGCUUGCUACGACUUCACGGGUCUAACUUCAAUCAAGCUACCCAAAAUCAGCUUCAUAUUUAGAGGAAAUGUGACUGUGGAUUUAGGUGCUAAUGGUAUUCUUACCCCGGUAAGUGGCCAAAAGCAGGUUUGCUUGGCAUUUGCUGCGAAUAGUGAUGCUUCUGAGCUGGGGAUUUUUGGGAAUGUUCAGCAGCAAACUAUGCAAAUGGUUUUCGAUGUUGCUGGAAGAAGGCUGGGUUUCGGACCCCUUGGUGGAUGCUCUUAGUUAUUGAUCAUCUAUGCUAACCUUAAUUGAUCCUACAAAAAGGAUCUCAUUCAUUUGUUAAAAGGAAACAUCAUGUGGUAUGUUCAAUAUUUACUCAAAAUGGUGCGUGAUUAAGAUCCUUUUGGAGAAAAACCAAAAAAAUAAGAUCCUU